AUGGCGCCGACACCCACCGCCCUGCCGCCCGUCCCCGCAGCGCUCGCCCACUUUGUCAUCUUCAACCCGACGCUCGUGCUCGCAGAUGACAAGCCAGCUCGGCGCGAUAACGGCCCCGCAGCUGCAGCCCCGGCGGCGGCGCCGCCUGCCGACCCUGGAGAGCGCGCGCGCGAAAAGGAGCUCGAGGAUGAUCUGAGGGAAGCGGCCCAGAUUGUCUUUUACACGUCGCGUGAUUCGGGAGGCGUGAGCAGGGAUAAGAUGCUAAGGCAGGUGGGACUGGCAAAGGGCCUAAUAGGAUUUGCAGACAUGAUCGCAAAGGACGACCAGCCACCUGACGAGCCGCUGUACUGGGGCGUCCACAGUCACAAGUCGCGCCUGAUCGUCUACUCGCCCGAGCCCAACUGGUUCAUGUACAUUUGUGUGACCCUCGCGCUUGGGCCUGGCGAGGUGACCCCGGCACCGGCGCAAAAGGACAACAAGGACAAGGACGCCAAGGACGCGGCGCCGAAAGAGGACACGCGUAUACCGCUGCAGAGCUUCUCGGACCGCAUGCUCGUCGACGCACUACAAAGAGGCUAUGAAGACUUUGUGCUAUUCCACUCGACGCUCUCGUCCCACUUGCCCCCUACGUCGGCAUUCUCGUCCCUCCUGGAGAAGUUCUGGACGCGCUUCGCCUUCUCCUUCGAGUCAGAGUUCAUCCAUCCUGGGUCGGCUUCCCCGCUGCAGGCGUGGCUCGGCGGGUUCCCGCCCACGAACGACGAGCUGGCUAAGCCGCUGCUGAAGAGUUUGGCAAAGUACGCGCACCGCGCGACCAUUCCGGAGGGCUCGACGGUGGGCAUCGUGCGCGCCGAAGGCCCGCUCACGAGCAUCGGAUACGAACCGGCACCGGCUGAGGCUGCUGCGCUCGGGCGAUACCUCACCAGUGUGGUGGGCAAGACGCUCCCCCCGCCCGCGGUUGUCACUGCAGAUACCAAGACCGAGUCACGUCAGUCGCUCGGGUUCUCGUUUGGUCGCAAGAAGCACACGCGGACAGAGACACCGCCAGACGUCAAGCCUGCCUCGCCGGUCGCGCCUGAGCCGAGAAAGACGAGCUGGGGCGUGAACCUCGCCUGGGUGGGACUCGGGAGCGGCGCGCCGUCGGCGUCCACAACGAGGGCCGCAACACCGACGCAACCAGUGCCCGUGCCGAUACCGGCUGCUGGCCGCAUCGCAACCGAGGAGUCCGUUUCCGCAUCCGUGUCGUCGUCCAGUUCGCAAAAGUCCAGAUGGCCAAGUCUCGGGCUUGGUGGAUUAGGCGAGGCCGUGGGCAGCAUGGGCGCCGCCCUGGGCAUUGGAGGCAAGACGGCAGGCGAGGCGACGCCGCCUCGUGACUCUGGCGAGGCGAAGGAUGAUGGUGAGGGUGCAAGGGCGGCUGAUGGAGAAGGGGGCGCGGGCGGCGAUGGCAAGGAAGCGGAAGGCGUCAAGGAAGCCGAAGGCGGCAAGGAGGCCGAGGCCGAACCACCAAUAGAGCCAGCGCAAGAAGUAACAGUGCAAGCCGACACCCCGACAGAAACCGCUGAGCCAGAAGCACCGGCAAUUCAAGCUCCACCCAUCGACACCGCACCUUCACCCCUACCUGCCCCAACACAACCUCCAGAACCCACACCUACAACUGAUGAUCCUCCAGACCAGGAUGCCUCUGCCGCCGCGUCCGCGUCGCAGGUCUCACAGACCGCAGUUGAGCUCUCAUCACUGCAAGACGCGGUUGCAAACCACCAGAUCAUCGAAGUCCCUUGGACGCCGAAGACGGUGUGGCUGGGGCAAGCACGGCGGAGACUUGUAUGGACUGUGCGCGACGGGUCCCUAGUCUACGUCGUGUUCCCCGACGCCGAGGUGCACGACCUCCCGUCGUCGACCGCCACCAUGGCGCUGCACUCCAAGCUCCCGGCGCUCCUCGGCACCCAGGCCAGCGGGGACGAGCCCAAGCCCGCUGAUCCGAAGGCGCCGCCACCCAACCCGACAGUGUACCACGCAGGACAGGUGACUGAGCGGAGUGGUGGCACACUAGACUCCGCCGACUCGGCCAUCCUCGUCGACCUGCGGCAGGCGCUCACGUCGGACACGGUUGUGACGGCGGUGUAUGGCCAGACGCCGCAGAACCGCUUCGCGGUAGGCAAGGUCGUCCAUACGCCCGCUUCGCAGGAACUGUACCUCGUCACGGGCAAGAAGGACUCGAGCUUGACCGACGCCGAGCGGGCGGUGCGGGCGUACACAUACGCGAGGCCAGAGUUUACGUCGUAG